AUGUUCACGCCACUGCGCGUCACGACGACGAUGCUGCCGUCCGGCGUGGCGGAAGAGGUGGUGGCGGCGCUGCAGUUCUACGGUGCCACGUACACACCGCACCUGACAACCGCCACGGACGUCGUCGUGCACGGCAGCAGCAGCAGCGGCGGUGGUGGGAGUGCGAAGUGGCGUCUCGCAGUGGAGCGCGGCAUCCCGUGCGUCCCCCUCGCAUGGCUGCAGGAGUGCAUCGCCACUGGGCGCCGCUUGCCAUUCCCCUCGAACGCCGAUUCAUCGACUGCAACCGCAGCUGCAGGCGAUACUACUACUAGUACUACUACUACUACUACUACUACUACUAUUACGGUUGCUGAUGGCACUACUGUUGUUGCCUCUCCCGCUGCAGCACUGACGAGUGCCACCGANACUACUACUACUACUACUACUAUUACGGUUGCUGAUGGCACUACUGUUGUUGCCUCUCCCGCUGCAGCACUGACGAGUGCCACCGAAGAGAGCAGCCGCGGCUCCUCUUACGAGGCAGCACGAGGCGGGCAUGACGUUGAGUUCAAGCAGCAGCAGCAGCAGGAGCAACGGCCGAGAAAGCGCCGCCGCGAGGAUGGCGAUGGUAAACUUACCGACAUCGAUCUGAGCCAAGGGGGUUUUGGGCACCUCACUCUUGGCGAGCUGUGUGAACGUGUCCUGGGGGGCCAGUGA